GGGAGGUUCUGCUCCAUCAUGUCUCUCCGGACUGUUGAUCCUCAGUCAUGUGUUGAUUGUUUCCAGGAGGAGACGAGCGGACCACAUUAACUCCCCCCUCCUCCCCCCCAAAAAACGCCAUUUAAACUCGGACAGCGGAGGCAAGUGGACUUUUUUUUUUUCUUUUUUUUUUUUCUUAAUUCCCAAACAGCAUCCUCCGAUAUGAACCCCGGCGUUGUGAUGAUACACGUACUGGCGUAUUAGUUGCCAUCCAUAUUUCUCGGCAUCAUUUCUUCUUCUUCUUCUUCUUGUUCUUCUUCUUCUCCUCUUCUCUCUCCAGCAGAGGAGUGAUAUAGCCUGCUCUGACGUCUGCAUCAGAUAUUACCCAGUGCUUUUUUUUUUUUUUUUUUUUAUUCCAAUGUGCAUUUUCCCCUCAGUGACUUUGCGCUGAUCUACAUCAUCAUCAUCAGCGGCGGCAGCAGCAGCAGAAGCAGCAGCAGCAGCAGCAGCAGCAACGGGAGGGAAAAAAGAAAAAGAAAGAAAGAAAAGAGAGAGCGAGAGAGAGAGAGAGAGAGAGAGAGAGAGAGAGAGAGAGGGAAUGAAGAUUUCAUUUUUCUUUUUCCCUCUGCGCCCACCGCUCCCCUCCAGCCGACCAGCGUUCCCAGCUCAAACAAAUAUCUUUUAACAACAUCACGUUUGUGGAAUAGUCUGGCGCCGGAGCCUCGCUGGAACCAUGCCUCUUCUGCAGGUUUGGACUGGGAAAUUUCAUCCGCCGAUUUGAUCACCGGGAGGCUGCUGCUCAGUCAUUCAUGCCAGUGUUUGUUUUUUUAAGGGGGAGAACACUUGUCAUCACUUUUAAAAGUAUUGUGUAUGCCGUUUUUUGAGCAAGAUGUCUGAUCUCCUGGUGUUGGUCGAGGGGCUCUGUGACCUGCACGGAUUUCCAUAGCCGGGGAAGAAGAAACAAAACAAGAAGAAAAAAAAAAAAAGGAAUCCCCCCCUCCCCCCCAAAAAGAAAUUAAAGAAAGAAAAAGGAAAAAACAGAAAUCAGCGGGGGGCCAAUUACAAGAUUCUUCUUUUUUUUUCUUUUUUUUUUUUUUUUUUCAACAGCGAGAAGCUUAUUUUAAUGAAGACAUCGCAUAUGUAGAUGUAGCCCAGUUUAUUCGGCAUUUUCUUUUUUUUUUUAAAGGCAAUAUAUAUAUUUUUUAAUUGCCUUUUUUUGUUUUUUGUUUUUUUUUUACUUUGUGCGGUUUUUUUUUUCUCUGGAGGACCACUGGACUGGUUGGAUUAUAGAAACUAUAUCUUGAGGAUUUUGUGGAGAUGUUGGGUCGUCAAGAAGAUAAAUUAUGUGGAAUUUUCUCUGCUCUGGCGGCUUUGUCCUUCUUCUGCUUUGUUCAAAGCUCCUCCACUGGAAGCUCCGGAAUGUCUGUGGCCAAGACUACCGUGGACAAGUUGCUGAAGGGAUAUGACAUCCGACUAAGGCCUGAUUUUGGAGGUCCUCCAGUCAUCGUAGGAAUGAGCAUCAACAUAGCAAGCAUCGACUCCAUCUCAGAAGUAAACAUGGACUACACCAUCACAAUGUAUUUCCAGCAGAGCUGGCGAGAUAAGCGUUUGGCCUACGGUGAGCUGAAGCUGAACCUGACUCUGGACAACCGUGUAGCAGACCAGCUUUGGCUCCCUGACACCUACUUCCUUAAUGACAAGAAGUCCUUUCUUCAUGGUGUGACAGUAAAAAACCGUAUGAUCCGUCUGCACCCUGACGGCACGGUCUUAUACGGGCUGAGAAUAACCACCACAGCUGCUUGCAUGAUGGACUUGAGGAGGUACCCUCUGGAUGAACAGAACUGCACCCUGGAGAUUGAAAGCUACGGAUACACCACAGACGACAUCGUAUUCUUCUGGCAAGGAGGGGACAACGCUGUGACGGGCGUUGAUAAGCUAGAGUUACCUCAGUUCUCAAUUGUGGAGCUCCGCUUGGUGUCCAGGGAGGUCAGGUUUACUACAGGUUCAUAUCCAAGGCUUUCGCUGAGUUUCAGGAUUAAGAGGAACAUUGGAUAUUUCAUCCUGCAGACAUACAUGCCCUCCAUCUUGAUCACCAUCCUCUCCUGGGUCUCCUUCUGGAUCAAUUACGAUGCCUCUGCAGCUCGGGUGGCCCUGGGUGUGACUACGGUGCUUACCAUGACAACAAUUAACACCCACCUUAGGGAGACUCUCCCAAAGAUUCCGUAUGUGAAAGCCAUCGACGUCUACCUCAUGGGCUGUUUUGUGUUUGUGUUCCUGGCCCUGCUCGAAUAUGCCUUUGUAAAUUACGUGUUCUUUGGCCGGGGCCCUGCGCAGCAGAAGAAAAUCAACGAGCGGCUGAACAAAGUCAACAACGAGCGCACGAGAUACGAAGAGAAGCGCCUGAGGGAACAGGACUCCAUUUCCGCGCCGUUUCAAACCAACACCUUCAGGUCAUUUACACAGCGAAGAAAUCUGUAUCUCGAGGAACAAAGAAAAGUUGGGGUGGAUGCGUACGGAAACAUCCUCCUCACCACGCUGGAGAUGAACAACGAAGUGAUGCCUUCUGACGUGGGGAGCAGCGUCAGUGACUCUCGGAAUUCAGUCAUGUCCUUCGACAGCUCCGGGGUCCAAUUCAGGAAGCCCAUGGCGCCCCGAGACGGCUUCAGCCACCACUCGCUGGACCGGAGCGCCAUGCGGAGCCGGGCCAACUGUCGGCUACGGCGACGCUCCUCCAAGCUCAAGUUGAAAAUCCCAAACCUGUCAGAUGUUAGCACCAUUGACAAGUGGUCCCGGGUCAUUUUCCCCAUCACCUUUGGAUUUUUCAACCUAAUCUACUGGUUGUACUAUGUGAAUUGAUGUGCAUCCCACUAGGAAUCAUGGGCCAUAUUUUGAGAGCACAUUAAAUUGGCUUUGAUACAGUUCCAAAAUAUGUAUACACAUAUACAAGUUGAACAUAUGUAUAUGCAUAUUUCUAUAUAUUAUAUUUAUAUAUACACAUGUGAAAUCCGAAGGACCUUUCUGCUGUACAAAGUAUUAAUAGGAUGACUUGAAUGUUUAAGAAAUAAUUGUGAGCGAAGAAUUUCAAGGCUUUGAGUUUCUUUUUUUUUUUCCUCCUGAAAGAAACAAAACAACAAACAAACAAACAAACAAACAAACAGACAAACAAACACGAGAUCCCGCCUGGGGUUUUUGGAACUAAAGACUGCAUGAUAUUUUUGCUAAAAAAGAAAACGAGAAAAAAGAGAGAGGUGAAAAGCUCCUGGGAGAGAAAAGAUGUCUCAGAGUCCCAUCGAACUUUUUAUUGAUACUUAUCGUGAUCAAAAAAGAAAAAAAAAAAAAUCCUCUUCUGCAGCUCAUGAAAUCAGUGGUGGCUCGUCUGUUCAGGCAUCAGCUGAGUGAGAUCCUUGACACCCACCCACCCCUCCAAUCCCCCCUCCUCCACCCCCAAAUCCCCCAAUCCCCUCCCCCCGAAACCCCUCAUUCGCCCAUGGAUAACACGCACGGAAAUCUCCGGUUCUACUAUGUACAGCAACCUUGUUUGGAUUAUGUGUUGUUCCUUGGGUUUUUUGAAGUGAUAUCGUUCUCUUUAUCAGACAUCAGCUCUGGGCCCCCCCUCCCCCGGUGGUCUCCACGUGAGAAGGGGUUGGGGGGGGGGGGGCCGCGUGGAUGGGAUGUUUGACCGCCGCCGCCGCAGAGUCAACGCAAAACUUGUAUUCCUUUUUUCUCUUCUCAUGUUAUUUUUAGAAAACAUGUCCU